GAGUACUCGUCAGUACUGUUCAGACCUCUUAUUUCAUUUGACGGAAUCGUGUCGAGUGGAUAUUCAUAAUAAAUUCACUGAUGUGGGCUUAUAUGUGUUGAAUUUACAUACAUACUUAUAUUGUGCUAAAGAAACAAGAAUCAGUGUUAGGUAUUCCAAGUGAUUUGGAAAUAAAUAUUUCGUCUUCAAAUCAAUCGAUCUCAGAUAAUAAACUUCUCAUUGUUAUUUUUUAAAUCUCUUAAUGGUUUUUUAUUGCGAAAAUAUAAACUUUAAGUGAGUGCAAUUUAAUCAUAUAGAUUAUAUGUGGUGUUUUACCACUGUGCUACAAAAUUGAGUUACUGAGGCCGUGUUUUUUCUGAACAUGUGCUCAUAACUGCUAUCGGUUAUUAAAAAAAAAUAAUUGACGUUAAUAAUCCAACUGCUGAAACUAAAAAAAGACUUUCCCAUGUGUUCUUUCCUAAGGAUUUAGAAAGACUUAAACGAUAUUAAUUUCAUUUACUACAUAAAUUCAAAUACUACAUUAUUUACAUGAGGUGCAUUUGUAUUUACACCAAAUAUCUUUUGAUUUCGGAAUUAAAGGCUUAAAUUCUUUGAGCGCAUAUACCAUUCUAUGACCUGUACAAAAAUAUCUUCGUAUGUCAUCCAACGUUCUUGCAACAACAGACUUAAAUGAAGAAGAAUUGGUAAUGAGUUUAUCUCCAAAGGACAUAUCGAUACCUACCGCCAUUUCUCAGCAACAUCAAGUGGAUACUUCUAUCAAAUCGAAUACAAACGAAGCAUCGACACACAAUACCGUAACUGCAGCAACCGCGAUAGCGGUUGCACAUCAUCAGCACAAUCUUUCGAACAUUCACCACCUGCAAAGUCUUCAUAGUCAGCAUCAGAGUACCUUAUUUAAUAGUAAUCACUCAACACCUUUUAGCGUAACCGAUAUCUUAAGUCCAAUUGAAGAAUCGUAUCGCAAACUGGAACUGAGCGGAAACCCGCCAUCUCCAUUUAGGUCUAACUCCAGUGGCAGCAGUAUUAAUUCCCCUGGAACAUUACCUUCUUCAACUAUGGCCAAUCCUUAUGCUAUGGGAUCUUUAUAUCAUAGCCCAGGAGUUCAAAGCUACUGCGGACCUACCGAUAACUUAUCUCUUGCUGGUCACUACACUGAUAUGAGAAGUUCUGCCUCAUGGUACGGAUCAACUGCAAACGAUCCGAGAUUUGCCAUUUCUCGCCUCAUGAGUUCAUCAGCCAGUGGGACAAUGAGCCAUAUGGGAAAUAUGGGUGGACUAGCAGCAUGCAGUGUAAGCGAUACAAAACCGCUACAGUUUCCUUUGGCUCAAAGAAGAAAACGGAGAGUUUUGUUUACGCAAGCUCAGGUUUAUGAACUAGAAAGGAGAUUUAAACAGCAGAGGUAUCUCUCAGCACCGGAACGAGAACACUUGGCCAGUCUUAUUCAUUUAACACCAACACAGGUGAAGAUUUGGUUCCAAAAUCACAGAUACAAAUGUAAACGGCAAGCAAAAGAGAAGGCAAUGGCUGAGCAAAAUCAACAUAAUCAGGUAGUAUAUGAGUCGGCACGAGCUGGAUCGGGCGACUAUACCAUAUAG